CUUCUCAUCCCUUCCCGUCCAUUCCCCAUCCCCAUCCCCGCCACCUACCUGCUUCGGCAUCCGCCAGAGCGCCAACGCCAAGCCCACCACUCCCAAAAGCGGAGCAGCCCUCCUCCCCCCUCCUCCUGCUGCUAAUCUUGGGUCCGUCCGUCCGUCCGUCCGUCCGAGGCAGGAGGGCGCGGGUUCGGAGGCGCACGCGAUCGAUCGCGAUUGGAGUGCCGAUCGCGCCGCCGGAGGUUCGAGGGCGGGCGGUUGGAGGCGAUGGGGCGGCUCUUCCUGAUGCACCUCGAGGGGAACGCCUACAGCUGCAAGUUCUGCCGCACCCACCUCGGCCUCGCCGCCGACAUCAUCUCCAAGAACUUCCAUUCCAAGCACGGCAAGGCGUAUCUCUUCAACAGGGUUGUCAAUGUUACAUCUGGUAUAAACGAGGAUCGCAUGAUGAUGACAGGGCUGCAUACUGUUUCCGAUAUCUUCUGUGUUGGUUGUGGAUCCAUUGUUGGAUGGAAAUAUGAGGCUGCACAUGAGAAGAGCCAGAGGUACAAGGAAGGAAAGUUCAUUCUGGAGAGGUUUAAGGUGUCGGGCCCUGAUGGUAGCCACUACUGGGGGGUGACACAUGAUGCUCAUCAUGGGGGUGGAAGCGACACCGAUGACUUAUGAAGGGCGACCGACCGACGUGCGAAAACCUGCAGUUCAUCUCUGUAAAUAACCCUGGAGUCGGGCCUUAGUUACUCGGGGGGGCUCGCUUCCAUUCAAAAGCGCCCCCCGGCGUAAAAAUUGUUAAUUCUAGGUGAUAUUCUCCCAGCAAGCUGUCUGGGAGACCUAAUACCUUCUGUAUAUGAACAAAUGUAUCAUUGUAGCCCCUAAAAGCUGUUUGUUGUGUUGCUGGAAUGCCAAUAAAUUCUGUUUCUGAAGUGAUCUAA